GGAUGACAAAGUCAGGGUCAGGGUCCUCUUGCUUCCGUACCACUAGCUAUUUCCGGUUGCCACUCGCCAAAGUGGCAAGUCACUACUACGACAUAAAUUCUUUCAAUGAUUGGGAACUCGCUGACGAGUCUCGAAAGCCUCGUGUUGGCUGCACGCGAAGAUGUCAAAGCGUGUCCAAGGAUGCUCUCUGCUGUACAUCGUCAUCUUCGCGCAAAGAAAGUACCUCGCGAGCUUUUUAUAUCUACUGGGACACCAUCUGUGACUGCCCAACUUAUGGUCAUAUGUCUGGACGGCCUACGCAUUGCACUACAUUGGGCAAAUCGGGGACAUAAGGACCUCACCGAGCGUGUCAUGCAGCAAUGGAUUGUGGCAUGGGAAUGGCCGUCGUUUAUGUCGGAUGAGGUUAUCUCGAAGGAGCCUCUUUCGGCGGAAGGCAUCGAAUUCCAGUACAGCGUCGCCGAAUUCGUCGCCGAUCUCCAUCGGCUUGCUGCCUUUGAGAGUCAAGGGACCCUUCACGAAGUGGAGGUACUGAGGAUGCCUGGAUUCUUCUCUACACUUGUCCGUCUCUGGUUCCAUAUGUUGCGCCAUGGAGGUUCUCCUGCAGCACUCAGAGGAAUAUCGCAUUCGCUGAUUGUGUUCAACGCGAUUGACCUCGACAAUAUGGAUAACUUCAGAGUCGCUAUCAAAGAAGUCGGUCUUGUACUCCAGGAUAUACAGGAUGCUGCUGCCCUAUUCAGCGCGCACAUAUCACGGACGAUCGAGGUCAACACCAUUAAUAUGUGUCUCCUCAAUGGACCACUUACUUUAAUGGCCUAUGCUUUGGAUUUCAACUCCGAUUGUAUUCUUCAUCCUUUUAUUGCCUGUCAUGGUCCGACCCUCGUUACUACUCUCAUGGCUCGCCUCGCAUCUUCCAAGCUUACUUAUGAACUCGGGAAUAUUGAUGAUAAGAACCUGGACAAGCACAUUCAAGGCAACAUGGCCGAAUCUUCUUUCCUUCUAUGCAUUGAGCUCUUGGAAAUUUGCAUCAGGACGCACGGCCUUCCCUGCGUCAUUCAGACACUCCAAGGUCGCCUCCUCCCGACCUGCUUCAAAGUCGCAUUGUUUUUUAAGCCUCGAUCGCGUCCUUCCCUGGAUAAUUUUGAGGCCAUAUGCUCCGAACUUUUUCGGAGGAUUGCAACAUUUAGCAUCUACCCGAAAGUAAUGCGUUUAGUGAUCAAAUCUAACAAGCAUCUCGAAGCGCAUAGUCUUAAAGCCUUGUUUAAAUCAACAGCCCCUGGGAUGUGGUCGUCCUGGAAUAAUCUAUGUGAUACAGCGAUGCAGAGGCAUGUCAACAAGCUCGGCUAUUCUGCCCUUCCGCGAAAAAUUUGCAAUAAUUCACAGUUCUGUAGUCCGUAUAUCCUUCCUAUCGAUGCCAAACGCUGUGCGGGCUGUCUUUCCGUUCACUACUGUUCUCGGGAGUGCCAGAAGAGUGAUUGGAAAAGCCACCGACAAAAGUGUAAGAGCCUCAUUUCGGCAAGAAAAGCCGGGAAGCCCAUGCGGGUGAACACCUUAGAACGAGAUUUCGCUGAAUGGAUGGUUGACCUGGACUUGACCUCGUUUUAUUGCGGAGACAAAGGACAUUCGUCAAAGACUAGAAGAAAAACGGGCGACAACGGAGCCUUACAAGAAGUACCCGAUGGUGAUAGAGGUCUCGUACAACUUCGUACCUCCCAAACUAGGGAGAGUUUACCCCGGUGAAGAGGCUCGUACUAGAAUUGGUCGAAUCCCAGAAGUAAUGGCCAUAUUAGAAAAGAGAAGGGGUCAUCUGAACGAGGUGUUCUUCUAUGCCGCGCUUCCGUCUUGUGAGGGCCUUGGAUCUGAGUGCAUCUGCACCACAUUCAGUAUCUGAUAGAUCCUGACGCGUGAUAGUCAAGACUUGCAAUUCCCAAAUUUCUU